CGCACACCGCGGUGCGCUACCGGCCGCUCGUGUCAGUUUGACAAACACCCGCGAACCAAUCGCACACGCAGACAGCAUUGGCGCGAAUUCAUUUACAAUUAUUUUAUAAACAGUUUUGUGAUGACAGAAAGAUUGAAGUUCAUAAUAAGGAUUGUAGUUACAACAGUAUUAUAUUACACCCUGAUAUGUGUGAUUAAAGAAAUAAGAAGAUUCUGGACUGGGAUCACAUCCGAAGAAACUACCGGCUGAUUUUUGGAUUUUUUAAUUUGCAGCAUUAAAUUGAUUGUACAAAAUGGACGACAUUAUGGAAAUAGCAGACGAAAUUAACGCAACUUUGACCAACGAGAGUGAACUUUCAAAGUUCUCGCCUGGGCUGCUGACGUUCGCGGCAGUGACCACCGGGUUCAUCAUGGUCAUCGGGUUGUUCGGCAACCUGCUCACAGUGGUCGCGCUACUCAAGUGCCCUAAAGUCAGAAAUGUCGCCGCUGCGUUUAUUAUCAGUUUGUGCAUCGCCGACUUCCUGUUCUGCGCCAUGGUGCUCCCGUUCGCCAUAUCUGGCUUCUGGACAAGGACUUGGGCUCAUGGGGAUGCCCUGUGCAAGUUGAUACCAUUCCUACGGUACGGGAACGUCGGCGUGUCCCUGCUUAGCAUCGCUCUUAUUACUUUGAAUCGGUACAUCCUGAUCGCGCACUACGACUGGUACCCGCGGGUGUACCGUAAGCACAACAUCGCGCUCAUGAUUGUAUUCUCCUGGAUGUUCUCCUACGGCAUGCAGGUGCCCACCCUGCUUGGGAUCUGGGGCAAAUUCGACUACGACCCGCAACUAGGCACAUGUUCCAUAGUGCCGGACGAGUUUGGCCGCUCUGCCAAGACAGCUUUAUUCGUCAUUGCGUUCAUCGUGCCUGCCCUACUUAUCUUCAUAUGCUAUGCUAGGAUAUUCUGGCUUGCUCACAGUUCAGAAAAGCGCAUGCGACAGCACCAGCGGUCUCAGAACAGCGGGCCAGGGGCUCUGAACACGAGUACAGACAAACGGUCUACUAUAAAAGACAACCGGGAGUCGAAGGCACGGCGCAACGAAUGGCGGAUCACCAAGAUGGUUCUCGCCAUCUUCCUGUCUUUCCUUGUCUGUUACCUGCCUAUCACCAUCGCUAAAGUUGCCGAUAGCCAUGUGCAUUAUCCUGUAUUCCACAUCGCCGGCUACCUACUCCUGUACGCGAGCGCAUGCGUGAACCCGAUCAUCUACGUGAUAAUGAACGCGCAGUACCGCGCUGCGUACGCGGCGGCGCUCUGUUGCCCGCUCGCGCGCCUCUCGGGCCUCACCAGCGAAAUGGAACGAGCGUCACGGGUACAGUUACAGCAACACGCGAACGGUGCUCAGCCAAGUGUCACUGGGGGAGUCGAGGGCAGACACGCGGGCAUCCAUGGCCCCCGCGGGCCGGUAGACCCCUCUAGGGCCCCCAGCGUACUGACGAAGACCACAUCACUACGCACUUCAGGCCCAUUAGGCCCCCACAUCGGCCCCGAAGCGCGCUCCGCAACAAAGUCACCGCGCACCGACGGGCCGAAAAUAAGAUUCAAAAUCGGCAGCUGCGAGGAAGGUGGUAGACGUAACGUAUAGCGCUUGUCGCUCGUUAUCUGACGAACCAAAGAUUUGCAAUACAAGACUUUUUAAAGCCAAAUAUUUUGCACGACGCUUUAGUUAUGACCGGAUGUUUGUAAUACGAAUGCGUGUGGGAUGUAUGAAAGAACAUACGUCCGUGACUGCAUAAUACAUUUUUAUAAAGUAUUUUUACCGUAUUAUUGAUCUAGUAUUAUAAAGAGUACCUAAUCUCGCACUUGUGAUAAUUUCAGCAAUGACCAAAAUGUAUUUUAAAAGACAAUUACGUACGUAUAGUAUAAUCUUAUUGUGGUAACCGUCUAUGGUACUUGCAUGUCUUCUUAUAUCCACGCUAUAUCCCUAACAGGGUAGUCAGACAAUGGAGUGGCGUUCUAGGAACGAAUCCAUUUGAUGACACUACAGUGAUUAAUAUUAAAUAAUGGUACUUUACCUAUCUACUUAAAGACAUGUCCGUCCAAUAACGAGCGACAAGAGCUUAUAAGCUGUAAAUAAAGUAAUGUAUAUAAAAUGUUAUACUUUGU